AGCUUCAUUUUAUUUCCGACAUUUUAGAAUUUCUAAACAAGAUCGGCAGAAAUACAAUUCGAGAGUUCGAGCAGUUUCAAGUGUCAUCACUGCUCACCGUAGGUUAUCAUUGCCGUUUCUAGCGGAGACAUGGCAUGGCACUGGCGGAACUCGUCUGCUCGACGCUAGUCGUAGUGUAAAAUCACGUGAAAUUGGCGAAAUUGACCAAGUUCACCUGAAAUUGCCACGUACUGACGCAUCUCGUUUCUGUUUAGCCACACGUUAACGAAGCGAUCAGCCGAUCUGUUGACGGUGUGCAGUUUGUAUCUUAGUCGUACGACUGUCGUUCGCGAAGUCGCUACGUCGCAUCACGUCACGUCACGCAGGAAGUAUGAUAUGUAUGUAUAUAUCGUUGGCAUAGUAUUAAUGAUUUGCCGAUAGUAAGUGCCUGAAAAGUAUGUAUGUACGCCGUAACAUUGUCAUGUGUUAACGUACAUACGUCAUUUCGAGUUAACCUAUUCAUUAAAGCUAGGUGUCGUGCAACCGUCAUUUUGCGCAACGUUUUCUUAUCGGGACACACGCAAAAUAUCGCGGUUUUAACCUUUACACCCUAUGCAGCUUUUACCUCGUCGUGGACUACUUUCGCGAGGAAGUUACUUUAGUAGCAACGAUGUCCGUACACUAUAAAUUUAAAUCUACUUUGGAUUAUGACACUGUGUCAUUUGAUGGAUUGCACAUUUCAGUGGCAGAUUUGAAAAAGGCUAUAUUUCAUCAGAAACGUAUUGGCAAAAAUACAGAUUUUGAUCUGCAAAUUACAAAUGCACAAACAAAGGAAGAUUAUACGGAUGAUAAUGCGCUAAUUGCUAAAAAUACUAGUCUUAUUGUCGCUAGAGUUCCAUUGACAGUACAACAGAAACGUUCUUGGGAUCGAAAUGAAACUCCUCCGUUCAGUAAUGUAAAGGAUGAAACUAAUUUAGGUAGAGCCGUAGAUCUUACGAGAUUAGAUGGCUCGGAGGAAGAUAAGAUCCGUGCAAUGAUGACACAAUCGACUCAAGAUUACGAUCCAUCAAAGUAUUCAAUUUUAUAUUUAUUUGUUGACACCAAUGAAAUAUUUUUACUUGAAUUAAAUUAUGUAUAAUUAAAGNNNCACCAACCUGGACAUUGGAUCAAAAACUGUCCACUAGGCACAAAUCAAGAGCCAAUUGAAAUUAAGAAGAGCACAGGUAUUCCCAGAAGUUUUAUGGUACCAGUUGAAGGACCUUUGGUACCUGGUGCUAUGAUGACACCUACAGGACAUUAUGCUGUUCCUGCUAUUGAUCAUCAAGCUUAUAAGGAAGGUAAGAAGGAACGACCACCAUUUUCGCAAGAUCCAGAACCAGUAGCAGAGAAGCCAGAGAUACCAGAGGAUUUGUUAUGCAGUAUUUGCAAAGAUCUUUUAACGGACGCAGUAAUGAUUCCAUGUUGCGGAAAUUCCUUUUGUGAUGAAUGUAUUCGUACACUUUUAUUGGAAUCCGAAGAACAUGAAUGCCCAGAUUGUAAUGAGAAAGAUGUCUCUCCGGAAACUCUUAUACCAAAUCGAUUUUUACGUAAUGCAGUAAUGAAUUUUAAAAAUGAAACUGGUUACGCUAAAAGACAAACGUAUCGGUCUCCUGCUCAAAAUGCUGGACAAACCACUAUAUCAAUAGAUCAGUCGAAAAUUGAAAUACAGCAAGUUGCGAGUCAUGUAUCUUCUCAGGCUAAAACUGUUCAAUCACCUAUUGCUUCUAAUGCACCAUCGCAAGAACCUGUAGAACUGUUAUCCACUAAUCUUGAAUCUCCGCAACACUUGUCAACCAAUCUCUCUGGUUCACAGCCAUCAACCACUCUGCCUGAAUCUACUUCAGAGUCACACUUGCAAAGCGAUUCAAUAACAAAACUAACAACUGAUGAGGAAACUGAGGUGCCUCCUCCUCCAGGAACAGAACCUCUACUCCCGAUUCCUGCCCUCGUGAGUUCGCCAGAGAGAGAACGUGAACGAAGCGAUCCUUCCAGCCGCGAUAAGAAAGAACGAGACAAUGAAUACUCAGGAGAACGUCAAUCGAGAGAACGUCGACGAAGCUUCAGCAGGGAUGGACAUCGCGACAGAAGCGGAGAGCGUGGACGUAGAAUUGAGAAUUUACGGCCAUUGAAUCACAAUCGAAAUCGAUCCCUGUCGCCCAGACACUCCCAACACGGCGAAUAUCCAUCGUCGAGUGCGGUGUUACCUCACUUAAUGAACCCACCUCCUUCUAAGAGCUAUCAGGGUCAUUUAGCAGACGAUGGACAUUAUCCACCUGCUAUGCAUUAUGACAGUGGAAUACGUAGAUCUAAUGAAGACCGUGCGGGUACUCCAACGGUCGACGAACCACAUUUGCACGUUCCUUCAUCUGGCAAUCAACCACCAUUACUGCCUUUUCCACCAGGUGAAGAGCGCAUUCCACCACCAAAUUAUAAUCAGCCGCCGCCAAAUGUACCUCCGCAUAAUCCUCCGCUUUUGCCGGACCCAUAUAUGAGUCAUCGAAUACCGAUAUAUCCGCAUCAACAGGGAUCGCAUUACGGACCACCAAGAUACGAUAGACCUCCUUACCAGCAACAAGGAUAUCGACCAUCUCAGCCGCCUCGAAACUAUAAUGGGCCACCAAGAGGACCAAUGAGAGGACUGCAUCAUAUGGGAUAUCGAAAUCUGCAACCACCACCACCUGGAUUGGGUAGAAAUAUACACAAUAGAAAUCCGCCUGGAAUCAUUGACGAUCCAUUGGAAGCAUUCGAGCGAAUGCUCCGAGAGAAGGAUGAGAGAGAUCGACGUUUAGGGAAACAUAGAAGAAGAAGCAGAACGCGAUCCCGAUCACGUAGUUACAGUCGAUCUAGAUCACGCUCUUUUGGUCGUAGAUCGCCUUUUGCGUCUCGUAUCAGUCGAUCUCGCAGUCCGCCGUCGAAGCGGAGAUCAACAAGGUCGCCGUUACCACUCCGACCUCGUAGUCGUACUCCAAAACGUAGAUCAAGAAGUGGCAGCUUCUCUAUCAGCAGAUCUAGAUCGUAUUCUCGUAGUCAGUCGCCGAGACCAUCUCCAUCGAGAGAUAGAGAUAGAGAAAGAGAUCGGGAAAGGGACAGAGAGAGAGACCGUGAUCGUGACCGUGACCGCGACCGCGACAGAGACCGUGAGCGGGAUCGAGAUCGCGACUUAUUGCCUAGAUAUCGAUCACCAGUCAGAUCACCUCCGAGAUUUCAAAGAGAGAGAGAUCGUGAGAGAGAUAGACCGCGAUCACGCGAACCUCGAGAUGGAUAUAACACUUACUACGGCGAUUCACCGGCUCAUGAUUAUCCAUUUCGUGAUCGUGAACGUGAUUUACCGCCUAGGGAGAGACCGCUGCCGAGAUAUCCUAUAGGAAGAAAUCAGCCAUCCCAACAUAUACCGCCAUUAAUGCCGCACCUAGUCACUGGAGGUCAUCCACCACCGCUUAUGUCAUUGGGACCUUCACCUACGGACAGGAAAGACUAUUAUGAUUCCUACAACAGCAUGAUAGACGGCGCGCGAGUCUAUUAUGCUAGGGGAGAUCGGGUUCGAUCCCUGAUAGAUCAAGAAAUUUUCAUGCGCUUGUUGCUCCUCUUCGGUGAUCUUGCAAACCACCAAGAGUAUCUAUUGCCAAGAAAACCUCUUGAACUGCCGUUCGGAACUGGCAUUAAAUUAUAUUCCGGACCUCAUCCGCCGCAGCGUUUUAACAGUCCUCUGAGAGAUUCUUCAUCACAUAAACGAUUCGAUGACGUAGCACCGCCUGGUACCGAGGGUUAUUACGAUCUUUCGCCACCGGGUGUCGAACAUUCCGAGAGACCAUCGAGAGACGAUCGCGAGAGACAGCGUUCCCUGAGGGAUCAAGAAGAUCGGGAGCAUUCGUCCAAGGAUCGUGAUAACGAUGAACGUGAUAGAUUGAGGGACGAGAGGGGUCGCGAACGUGAGGAUCGUAUACGCGAGAGGGAUGAUAGAGAUCGCAGAAUCAUAAAUAGAGAUCGCGAGGAUCGCGAUAGGCAGGUCCCAUCUAGAGAACACGAGGACAGGAUACGAGAGAAAGACGAACGCGACAGAAGAGAAAAGGAGAAGGAACGAGAAGAUAGACACAUUCGCGAUCGUCGAGAUGAUGACAGGCAUAUCGAGAAGAAAGAUUAUGACAAAGAUCGUUAUAGAGAUGAUCGAGAUCGCCAUCGGCAAGAUGACAAGAAUCGGCUGCGAGAGAAGGAGAGACGCGAACGCGAAUACGAAACCGAGAAAGACAGAGAUCGUCACGAACGAUACGAGAGACGUUCGAUGGAACGGAAAAAGAGUAGGAAAAGUUUAAGUCCAUACUCACAGAAAUCUAGGGGCGAUCCUAAAGAUUUGUCUCCAGAACGAAUUGUGAAGAAGAAAGAAAAGGAUCAUGAGGAAAAAGUAGAAGAGAAGAAAAAAGAGAAAAAGAUAAAGGAAAAGAAGAAAAAGAAAGAUAGUGAUGAGAAAGAGAAAAAGAAGAAGAAGAAAAAGGACAAGAAAUCUAAUCAGAAAGAAGUAGCGAAGGACGAUCUGACGAUUAAAACGACAGAGGCGGACGAUUUGCUAGUUGAGAGUAAAAUAAGUAACGACACUUCGUCUUCGCCGCCCGACAAAACUGACUCUAUAAAGGCAUGCAAUGAGGAAGACAAUAUACAAAACAGGAUCGAAUGUAUUUCCAACCAAGUGUCUAUCGCGCCGAUCAAAGAGGAAUUCGAGGAUAAAUCUCUGGCGAUGAAUCCGGAACCGCCGGAAUUCAAUGAAUCCAGUCCUGGCAGUGGUCGGUUAGAUCGCACAGAAUUUGGCACGAAUCCACCGAAUCCAAACUUCAAACCGAUUCCGGAACUUAAGUCGGACAUGAAACCGAUCGAUAGCCUCUACGGAGGAUUGGAUGACACAGAAAUUAACACUGUGAUCACGGAGAAGUAUUCUUUACUUUCGGAACAUUCGCAGACCGAGACGAAGGAAGCUACCAUCAUGCUGCCAACGGAAAAAUCGCCGAAAAAGGACGAGUUUCUAGCACCGAUACCCGAGUUGUCCAAGUGGGAAAGGGAUGAUACGAUCGAAAAACCCGAUGAUGAUGACGAUGACGAUGACAACGUGAGUGGAUCGCCAACGGAGAAAAUACCGAGAGAGGAUGAGCCGAAAUCGCUCAAGAUGGUUACGUCGGAGGUACUGAAGCGUGCGGAGAACGCCAUAUUUCAAAAAGCAAUUAAUGCGAUCCGACCGAUCGAGAUCAAGAAGAUCAGCGAAAGCAGAAAGAUACUGUAUCAGAAUCCCGAGCCUAAGGUGCUGGAGACGGUGGAGUCCGCAUCUAAUCGAGAGCCGCGAAAGAGCGUCAACGUGACGAUCAACGUUGGUAGAAACGAGAGGAAUGUUGAGAUCACCGAGCCAGCAAAGAAAGCCAAGCUCGAUCGUACCAAGUUCAAACCUGUGCCAGAGACAGCCUACUCGCCGACUAGGCUGUCUGCGAAGGAAAGACUAGGCGAGAAGAUUGAAGAUGGCAAGGAGAGAAAGGUUAGUCCUAUAAAGGGAUUUCUAGAGAGACGUGACGCCAAGAACGAGAAUCAGUCGAGAAGUCGAUCGCCCAGGAGGGAAAAGAGGCUCUCUCCUCCGCUUUUAGAACGGCGCCUAGAGUCCUCUUCGUUGGGCUUAAUUGCUACAAGCGGCGAACGAAAAGUGUUCUUAGAAGACAGAAAACGUGACAACAAGGAUAGAGGCGAUCGAUCAAAGGAGAGGUCGGAUUUCCGAAGUGACAGGCAUGGAAGCGAGUUGAAAUCCGACAGGGAGAAUAGAAUUGAUUGCAGAAUGGAUUUUCGUUCCAAUAGAAGCGAUAUCAAAGGAGAACGCGUGGAUAAAGAUCGCGAUAAGGAACGAGAUCGCGAACACAGAGGUAGGACACCCUCCUCGACUUGCAUAUUUAAGAGAACAGAAAUAGCCAAGAUCGGCUUGUUAAAGUCGAAAGAUGAUGAAGAAGAGAAAAAACGUGACAAGAAAUCUCGGGAGGAAAAGAAGAGAAAGAAGGAGCAUCGCAGUAGGAGUAAAUCCAAGGAGCAUAAAAAGCGCAAAGAGAAGAAGCACAAGAAGGAUAAGGACAAAAAUCAGGAGAAGAAGCAAAAGCACAAGGAGAGUGCGCUCUCUAAGGACAAAUCGGAUGGUAACCACGAGACCAAAAUCAGUUACGAGAAUAUUGAGCCGCCUUUAACAGAGUCGUUGAAGAAACAAAGGAAGAAUCCGAGAUUGGUAUCUGAUCGCAAGCGCAGCAUACUCGACGAGGCGAGCUUCGAACCCGAUUACUCGGCUUCGGACUCGGAAUCAGAUGGUGAGGAAGGAAAACCGUCACCUGCGAAGAAAUUGAAGCUUGAUGAAAUGGAAGUGGAUAAAGAGAUGGAGAUCAAAUCUUUGAAGAAACGAUCCAAGUCAAGUAGUAGCGAGGACACUUCCAGCAGUUCCGACACUACGAGCUCUGAUUCGGAUAGCAGCGACGAGUCGCACAAGAAGAAAAGAAAGAAGCAUAAAAAACAUAAAAAGAAGAAAUCUGCCAAGAAGGACAGCAGUUCGGACUCGGACACUUACUCUGAUUCGUCCGACAGCAGCAGUGACGAAGAGAAACAUAAGAAGAAAUCGAAAAAAUCAAAGAGUAGAAGCAAGCAGUCAAGGAAGAAGAAGAAAUCCAAGCAUAAAUGACAUCACUAGAUAUCUCUUUGAUGUUCACUCAAAGACUCUUUACCUUACCUUACCUUACCUUACCUUAGAAAGAAACAACAAAAGAAAAAAGGCCAGAACUUUGUUUUCCAUAUAGUACUUUCAAAUAUCAUGGCAAUCGUAAUAAUAAUUAUUAUUAUUACGAUCGUAAUAAUAAUUGUUAUACUCGUUGUUAUAGCUCAAGGCAUAACCAAGUUUUUUUUCAAAUACACGUCAUUUAGUAAUAGAAUACUAUCGAAUUAUUGGUACAAGUGGUAAAAGGUAAAUAUUGAGCAGGCAAAACAAAUUAACGCGAUUUAACGAGUAGAAAAAAGCAAAAGCUGGAAAUUGAGAAUACCUACAAUAGUUAAAACUAUUCUAACGUAAAAAAAAAAGAAAAA